CAUAAACCGGAAAGGCAGGGAUUGUAGCUAGUGAUACACAUCUCACCGUUAAUGGCUGAUAUCUAGCUGUCAACAGUCCAGGGGUACCUGAGACCGGCGCUCUUCUACGCGGCAUUACAAUCUGCGUUUUCAUAGGUUCACUCUUAUAGGCAACUUAGAAUCGAGUGUUAUGGAUGAGCCAUGAAGGCCCAAUUGCAAGUCACAGUGCUUUCAGCUAAGCUAAGGGAAAACAAAAAGAACUGGUUUGGUCCCAGUCCAUACGUCGAGGUAGCUGUGGACGGCGAGUCAAAGAGAACAGAGAAAUGCAGCAACACCCACAGUCCCAAAUGGAAGCAGGCCCUCACUGUAAUUGUGACGCCAGUCAGCAAACUCAUCUUUCGUGUUUGGAGUCAUCAGACGCUGAAGGCGGAUAUUCUGUUGGGCAUGGCCACCCUGAGCAUCAGCGCAGCCCUCAAAGCCAAUGACCUUAAAUUGUGUGAGGUGGUGCAGACGCUGCAGCUGUCCUCUGACAGAGACCCCCACGAUAUUGUCGGGGACCUCUCGGUGUGUCUGGACGGCCUGCAGGUCGACCCGGAAGCUUUUGCCCUGGCAGAGAGGGAGCAAGCACCUCUUACAAAUGGAAAUGCAAAACAAAACGGCAAUACAAGCAACAGAUCAAGCAGGGACACGUCUCCAUCCAGUGGCUCAGACGACUGGGUAAUUGUACCCAAUGGUCUUACUGUCAGCGGUAGAGGUUCUCCUUCUCCGUCUGCAGGGGGCUCCACCUCUGCACGUCCUCCUCGGCCUGCCAGACCUCCCCCUCCUACGCCACAAAAACCUGGUGCCUCACCAAGCUCUUCCAGUAGUUCUUCGCCCAGUGAGCUGAGUGAAGCACCAGCCUCCGAUGGCUCCUCUCAGGCGUCUGCAAGCGGGGGUUCAGACCAGCCCGACGAGGCGGGAGCACGAGCAGCAGCGGCCGUUUCCUCACAGACGGCAAGUGGUGGUCCCAAACCGCCUGGCGCUGUAACAGCCCCUCCAGCCGUAACACCUCCCAGAAUCAACCCCCUCAACAACGUCCCCCUGCCGCCAGGGUGGGAGCAGAGAGUGGACCAGAAUGGACGAGUGUAUUAUGUGGACCACAUUGAGAAACGGACAACAUGGGAGAGGCCUGAGCCUCUGCCUACAGGCUGGGAGCGAAGGGUCGACCCGAUGGGUAGAGUAUACUAUGUUGACCACAUAACACGAACCACAACUUGGCAACGGCCCACUCAGGAGUCGGUGCGUAACUACGAGGAGUGGCAGAACCAGCGCAGCCAGCUCCAGGGAGCAAUGCACCAGUUUAACCAAAGGUUCAUUUACGGGCUGCAAGACCAGUUUGCAGCCGCAUCUACGAAAGAGUUUGACCCCCUGGGACCUCUGCCACAUGGCUGGGAGAAGAGAACAGACACAAAUGGCAGAGUGUAUUUUGUUCAUCAUCCAACUCGGACGACACAGUGGGAGGACCCAAGGACACAGGGACUUCUGAAUGACAAACCUCUGCCUGAAGGCUGGGAGAUGAGGUUCACUGUGGACGGUAUUCCCUACUUUGUGGACCACAACCGGAGAACAACUACCUACAUUGACCCCCGGACGGGCAAAUCUUCCCUUGAGAAUGGCCCACAGAUCACUUACGUUAGGGACUUCAAAGCCAAAGUGCAAUACUUCAGGUUUUGGUGUCAGCAAUUAUCGAUGCCUCAGCAUAUCAAGAUUACCGUCUCCAGGAAAAGCUUGUUUGAGGAUUCAUUUCAGCAGAUCAUGAGCUUUCACCCACAAGACCUGAGGCGGAGACUGUGGAUUAUCUUCCCUGGAGAGGAAGGCUUGGACUACGGAGGCGUGGCCAGGGAAUGGUUCUUCCUGCUCUCCCAUGAAGUGCUAAAUCCCAUGUACUGUUUGUUUGAGUACGCCGGAAAGGACAACUACUGUCUUCAGAUCAACCCGGCUUCUUCCAUCAAUCCGGAUCAUCUCAAAUACUUCAAGUUCAUAGGGCGCUUCAUUGCUAUGGCCUUGUUCCAUGGAAAGUUCAUUGACACGGGAUUCUCACUGCCUUUCUACAAGCGGAUUUUGAACAAACCCCUGGCUCUUAAAGACUUGGAGUCUAUAGAUCCAGAAUUUUAUAAUUCACUCAUUUGGAUCAAGGACAAUAAUAUAGAGGAAUGUGGUCUGGAGAUGUUCUUCUCCGUUGACAAGGAGAUCCUGGGAGAGGUCAGUACUCAUGAGCUGAAACCAGAUGGAGGAAACAUUCAAGUAACUGAGGAAAACAAGGAGGAGUACAUCAGGUUAGUGGCAGAGUGGAGGCUGUCCAGAGGUGUGGAGGAGCAGACCCAGGCCUUCUUUGAGGGCUUCAAUGAAGUUCUUCCUCAGCAGUACCUUCAGUACUUUGAUGCAAAGGAGUUGGAGGUAAUGCUUUGUGGGAUGCAGGAGAUUGAUCUGGUUGACUGGCAGAGAAACACGAUUUACAGACAUUAUGCCCGGAGCAGCAAGCAGAUACUGUGGUUCUGGCAGUUUGUGAAGGAGAUGGACAACGAAAAGCGAAUGAGACUCCUGCAGUUUGUCACCGGCACCUGCCGUCUUCCCGUGGGAGGCUUUGCCGAUUUGAUGGGAAGCAAUGGUCCACAGAAGUUUUGCAUUGAGAAAGUGGGGAAAGAAAACUGGCUUCCACGAAGCCACACAUGCUUCAAUCGUCUAGACCUUCCUCCUUAUAAGAGCUACGAGCAGCUGAAGGAGAAACUCAUGUUCGCCAUCGAGGAGACAGAAGGAUUUGGGCAGGAAUAAUCCAGCAGGAGUUCCUGGUUUUCAUCACAGCAAUCCGCGGAUGGGACAGGCUGACCUUGAAUGAGCCGGGUCGAUUUUUUUUUUUUCUUUCUUUUUUUAGAAAGGAGCACUUUCAGUAGUUUCUCUCUGCAGCCCAGAAAUGCUUUCACUCUGGUAGAUUCUGUCGCAAUAGCACAUUCACUAAAUACUAGAAAGAUGUUUCAUCACAGGCUCAUUAUUUAACGAGGGAGCUGUGAAUCAGCUCCACCUUAACGAGCUGUUCCUCCCUGAUCCACCUAAUCUCACUUUUGCUGCACAAAGCCCACAUUAAGGCGGUGGAGAGAGAGAGAGAAAAAGAAAAAGAGAGACGCCUUUCUCACUCUGGCAUGCCUGCACCUGCUGUGCGCAGAGUAAGCGCAGUUUCUACACACGGAGCACCGAUUCUGCGCAGUAGUCGUUCCUUUUAGAACCACUUUGUUGGGGCCUAUGCAUCACCGUAAUGUCUGAGGAAAGAAACUCGUCUGUGCAUUUUGAUUGAAAAUACGAAGACUGAUAUGUAAAAAGAUGGAAGCACAGCCCCCUUGUGAUCUGAGGUCAUUGGGAUUUAGUUUUCCUUCUUUCGACGUGGGGGGAGGGGGUCAACGGAUAUUUUUCUAAUAGGUGACUGACAUGACUCCUGUAGCACGUAUACAGUUUUUUUUUUUUGUUUUCAUUAACUUUGCUAAAUGUGAUGACUUUAAUUGCAAUAAUCCUUUCUCUUGUUUUGACAGGUUGCUUUCUUAACUUCUGAGUUAAAAUGUUCAACUAGUUUGCACAUGGGUUUUUGUGAGCGGAGAGAUUAUAAUCGCUAUUAGAAGAAGCUAUUUUUAAGUGCAAUAGUUUUGUAGAAAACAUCAUUUUGCCAAUGCUAGAAACAAACAAGGCUUUGAUUAGUUUUUUUUGUUUUUUUUCUCUAAGACUUAGCUUUAGUUUGAGUUAGUCCCAAGUACAAGGCUUAGAACGGCUGCUCACUCUGGAUUCUGUACGAUUGCUGUGGUUUUCCUACUGUUGUAUCUGCAUUUUCGACUCUUAAUGUUUACCUAAUUUCUCAGUCAGGUAGAAGGAAACUGUGAAGGUUGUGAUGACAAAGUUGUUACUGAUGACCUUUUCCCACUGGAUGAAAGUCGAUUCGCAGCUUGUUACCAAGAGCCCAAAUCUCUUGGCUGAAGCCAAGGUGUCUGUUUGGUUCUGCCGAGCAUGGCAGAUGGACUGAAUGCAAGAAAAGUUUAGGUGUAAAAUCCAAAAAAGUUUCAUCUAUGAAGUGACUGUUGCAGUUUAUGUACAGUUGAAAACAGAUGUUGAAAUGCAUUUUACAAAAGGGUAUGCCCCCCCCCCCCUUCCCCCCCUCAUCGUCUGACAUUAAAUCAAACUAAACGUUUCCUGUUUUAGAAAUGUUGGGAUUACCAAAAAAAAAUUCUAUUUGCUAAACGCCACAAUAAUUAUAAUUAUUAAUGAAUUUACAUAUAUUUGCUUAAAAUUUGGCAGCAUUCCUCUUUAAACAGUAUGACUCUGACCAAAUCUUUCUGGUUAUCCUUCCAGAAGCUUCUCACAAUAGUCUGCUGGAAUUUAGGGCCCAGGUUAGCUAAGUCAGUCACGCAGUCCGUCUUGAUCGCUCACACCUUUUUAGCUCUGCCCACAUCUUGUUUUUUUUAAGUUAAAACAGGUUUAGGGCUUUGUGUGAUGGUCAUUCCAAAACAUUGACUCACAUUUCUUUUAUGUAACUAAUUUGGCCGGAUGCUUAGAGUCAUUGUCCCUUUGGAACAUCAAAGCUUUAACUUUUUGUCCGUCUUAAGAUGUUUCUUUAAUAAUUCUACAUAAUGUUCUCUCCUUACGUUGACAUCUAUUUUUUAUAAGUCCCUCUGUCCCCCCACCCCCCGCAGCAAAACAUGUUUCCCACAGUUGGGAUGGGGUUCACUAGACUUGCAAGCUCCCUCCUGUAGUAGAUGUCCUUUAUGGCAAAAUAACUACAUUUUUGGGGGGUUUUUCAGACCGCAGAAUAUCCAAAAAUGUACGUACUUUGGAUACGUAUUGAUUGCAUUUGCAGACUGAAAUCCUUUUUUUUCCCGGUUGUUUAACUGUUAGGAUUCUUUCUCUGCUGACUGGCCUUUCAGCCAGAGUUGGCACAGGACAGUAUAUCUCUCUCAUCAGCGUCAGCCAGCAUCUUUACAAAGUGUUUUGCUUAAGUUCUGCUUAAGUUCCGGGCCGUUUGAAGUUGCGAGUAGUUGUUUAAACGGAUGAACGUGGCACCUUCAGGCAUGAGGCAACGAUGAACCAGAUUUGUGGAGGUCCACAGUUCUCUUCCUGAUAUCUCGGCCGGUUUCUUUAAAUUUCCACGUGUUGUCACACAAGAAAGGAGAGCCAUCGAGGUUUGCCUUAAGGUGCAUCCCAGGUGUUGCCUCCACUUAACUCAAUUAAUGUGAACCAAUGAUUGAGAAGCUUACAAAGUCCUGACAUUUUCAAAUGGCAAAUCCAAAUGGGGGUAAUUAAACUUUAACAAUUUGGGUAACUCUAAUCUUGAUACAAAUUUCUUUAUAAAAAAAAAAAAAAUCUUGCAAUACUUGCAUUUAGCAAAUACAAAAUGAUUUUUGGUAAUCCUUAUCUAAUAAUUUUCCUGAAACAGGAGCAUUUCAUGUUAGACAAUGAAUAAGAAAAUGUAAAUGUCUCUUUAUACAGUGUAUUUAAAUAUCUGGUUUUAAUUCUAAAUGCACUUAGUAAGUAUAGGAAAACUCCAUUAUUACACCUGGGCUGCCCAAGGAGUGGAACUCUUUAAGAAACGAGACUCAGUUUUACAGAACCCUAGUUUUAUAGGGUGUUAGUUGCUCACAUUUGUACAUUGUAACUAAGGACUCUUAGAGUAGAGCCAGGCUAUGUAAAAAGGGUAAUUAGUAGAAUUGUGAACCUUUUAAUGUCAGUGUUCUCUUCAUUUCAUGAUGACUAGACGAUAUACAGCAUCCUACAGGAUUAUUGCCACCCGUGGUAGAAAUGUGUAAAAAAA